AUGCUUCUCUCUCAGAAUAGCGCGCUUCGUAUCGCGGGCAACUGCUUUGCGACCACCUUUAUCGGGUUCGGUAUCAACGCCCUCCUGCGUCCCGAACAUGCCUUGUCCUUCUUUGAAUGGCAGCAUCCUACGACCCUCGCAGAAAAACAACUUGUCGACAGUUUGAUGCACGUCUACGGUGUCAGAGAUAUCUUCAUGGGUCUUGCCAUCUACGCCGCCGCUUUCUUCGGAACUCGCCAGUCCCUGGGUUGGACUCUCAUCGCCGCGAGCAGUGUGGCGUUUGCAGACGGCGUGAUAUGCUGGAGCUGGGGUAAGGGCGAAUGGGGUCAUUGGGGAUAUGCCCCUAUUAUUACUGUCGUUGGUAGCGCUCUCCUAGGUCUGUUUGACACGGCGUAG